UAAUUGAGCACAUUAAUUCAAGUUACAAAAUAUGUUUUACGCCACUGUCCUACUCAUUUAAAACUAAACACAUGCCCAGCACCAUUUUGCAGGAAAUCCACAGGGAAAACAUAAAUAUUGAAAGUAAACACAGGCAGUCAGUUUCACACAUCGACAUAAAUAUAGGUUUCACAUUGUAAACGGAAUUAGCUGUGAUGGCAAACUGGAGAGAUGCAGGGUUCCUGGAGUUUUUGCCCUUAAAGAGUUUUUGUGUUUUUUCCCUGGUGAUAGGGGACAGUACACACCUAAAUCAUUGUAAGCAUGCAGUAUUUUGUGUUCGAGUAAGAUCUUACCAACAAAUUGUCAUAAGGGUCAAAAAUCCCUGGGAGCGCAAUUUUUGAACAAGUAAUUUGUCAGAUCGUUCAACCUCCAGCAAAAUAACAAACACAUAUAAUGAUCUUUCAUUACUGGCAACGAGCGAAGAGGCAAAUGUGUAAAACGACAUUUAUGAAUGGUGAAAGUUUUGUAACAGUUUGUUGCAAAACCAGUAAAUGCUUUUUGUCCUCAUGGACUACCGUAGAAUGAAAAAUGGCAUCUAAUAUGGCAUCGCCCAGAGACUUAGACCCGCUCCCAUGUAUUUUAGACCCAAUUUUUAUGGUUGUAUGUUAAGAAGCCGCCAAUAUUUUCAACAACUAGGCAUCAUUUAAUUCAUUUUUAACAACACUUCAAUGGAUAUUUCCAGAGAUUAAAGGUGAAAACGGCACAUUGUCACUUUAAGAGCUGAAGCUCAGGUCACCAGACUGUUCACAGGGGUUGUGAAUGAGCGCCACCUUUUGGAGCGGCUCCUGGAAAAGGAGCAAUGCUACAUAUAAUGCUACAUUACCACCACAGGCUGAACACUUAUGAAUGACCAAAGAUUUCCUGAUUUGCAGCAAAGUGGCAUCGUUGUUUAAUAGACGAGGCUGGAGUUGUGGACGAGCUGUUUCUUCUUCCAUCUAAAGGUUUCAUUAGCAAGAUAUCAGAUAGUUUGCUCAACCUUUUGGAAAAACAUUCAAGUUUACAAAACUCCAAUUAAAACUUAAUUUGUACAUAUCAAAAAUGUUACCUUGUACCAUUUAGUCCAAGAAGAAAAACCUAACCUGUUUUUUUUCCAUCGCCCUUUUAGAAAGAAGAAAGCUCUGUGACAUUUGCACAGAUGUAGCUUUAAGCUGUAAUAACAUUCUUUGUGUUGCUGUCAUUCGAUUUUUUUUUCAAGGAAACAGGAGUUAGAUGAAUGUCACCUGCUGUCAUCUAAAGUUUCUUUGUUCUUUAUUUAAGAAAUCAACCCUUAUUGCUCAGUCCUUCAGAUUCACAAGCUUAAACUAAUCACUGGAGGGGCUGGCUUUGUGGGCUCCCAUCUGACUGACAAGCUGAUGAUGGACGGCCACGAAGUGACGGUGGUCGACAACUUCUUCACUGGGAGGAAACGAAACGUGGAGCACUGGAUCGGCCACGAGAAUUUUGAACUCAUUAACCAUGAUGUGGUGGAGCCUCUUUACAUAGAAGUGGAUCAGAUCUAUCACCUGGCUUCUCCAGCAUCUCCUCCAAACUACAUGUACAAUCCCAUCAAAACACUCAAGACCAACACCAUCGGCACUCUCAACAUGCUGGGACUUGCCAAACGUGUGGGUGCCAGACUUCUUCUGGCCUCAACUUCUGAGGUUUAUGGAGACCCUGAGGUACACCCCCAAAACGAGGAGUACUGGGGACACGUGAACCCGAUCGGUCCUCGAGCGUGCUACGAUGAAGGGAAACGUGUGGCGGAGACGAUGUGCUAUGCCUACAUGAAACAGGAAGGAGUGGAGGUGAGAGUGGCGAGGAUCUUCAACACGUUUGGCUCCAGGAUGCACAUGAACGACGGACGCGUCGUCAGUAAUUUCAUCCUCCAGGCUCUUCAAGGAGAACCUCUCACAGUAUAUGGUACUGGUUCCCAGACUAGAGCUUUCCAGUAUGUAAGUGAUUUAGUGAACGGCCUUGUGUUGUUGAUGAACAGCAACAUCAGCAGUCCGGUCAAUCUGGGAAACCCAGAGGAACACACCAUACUGGAGUUUGCUCGCCUCAUCAAAAGUUUAGUCGUGAGUCAAAGCCAGAUCCAGUUCCUGUCGGAAGCCCAGGACGAUCCCCAGAGGAGAAGACCCGACAUCCGAAAAGCCAGGAUGAUGCUGGGCUGGGAACCGGUGGUGCCGCUGGAGGAAGGCUUAAACAAAACCAUCCAGUACUUCAGCAGAGAGCUGGAGCACCAGGCCAACAACCAGUACAUCCCCAAACCCAAAGCCGCGCGCAUGAAGAAAGGCCGACCCAGACACAACUGAGUCCUGCCUCUCUGCUGCACCCCUCCCUCCAAAAACCAAGACACUCCAUGAAGAGCACCUCUUCGGAGCGUCCUGCUGAACGAUGCACUUUUGGGGAACUUUUUUGAUCUGCUAAACAAAGACAGAGGCGGACACGUCUGCGCUGCCUUGUGUUGUGGCGUGGCCUAUCUAACUGGAGAAUGGACGAGCCUGAAUCAAAGAGGCAGCUAAUCCCAGUGAAAUCCUGCCUAUGGUUUUAUUUGAUUUUCCUGUGCUUUUAUUAUUUAAUGCAUCGACACAGAGUCAUCUCAGACCUGCGUCUGUUUGACCUGUUCUACGGCGUUUGGUGUGUGGAGCUGAGCUGCCUCGGUUUUGUUUUUCCGCUGGAUGUCGUGUCGCUCCAUCAGUGGCUUCCUGCAGCGCACAGCAGGUUUUAGAAGGACUGUUACAACAUAAUUAUUCAUUUUAAAGACACGGUGUUUGUGAAAUGUCAACGUGGGGCUGUUAUAUUGAUGUGAAAAUGAUAUUUUAUUAAAAUAUUUCCAAUUAUUCAA